AUCGCGUCGUCCGGCAGGGGGCAGCGGCGGCGGCCGUCGAAGGUAGCACGGCUGGGCGGGCGGCGGAUCCCAGGCAGCCCAGUCCAAGCCCAGUCAGUGAGCGCGCGGCGGUGGUACAGUCGGGAGGCGGGCCGAUCCACGCGCCGCGAGCAGUGAUAUCUGUGCCAGUGGGACGCGCCGCACGCAGACGCAGCCAUGACGGACCGUAUGAAGACGCUCUCAGCGCAGCAGCGGGCCAAGUUUGAGGAGUUCAAAAAGGCUGUAUCAGACGUGAGCUGCUGCACACACUACAAUCGGGACAUCGACCUUCUCUCCUGGCUGAUCGCGCGAAAUUAUGACGUGGAUGUUGCAGCUGAUAUGAUGCGAAAGUCGAUGGCCUGGCGCGAGCGGCACCGGGUCAACCAGCUGCUAGAAGAGUGGCAGCCGCCGGCCGUGCUCAAGGACUUCUUCCCCCGCGGCUACCACGGCAUGACAAAAACAGGAAUGCCCCUAUUUAUCGGCUGCCUGGGACGGAUGGACAUCCGAGGCAUGGUACGGUCCUGCAAGAAGACGGACUUUGUCAAAUUCGCGUUGUGGUGUUUCGAGACGGGCGGCCACCAGCUGCUGGAGAUAUCGCAGAAGACGGGCGUGCCAGUCAACCAGUUCCUCAUCAUAUUCGACCUGGAAUGUCUGAGCAUGGCGCAGAUCGCCUACAAAGAAGGCUUUGAGCUGUUCCUGGACAUGACGAGACUGAUGGAAGCCAACUACCCCGAGGGACUGGGCGUGUGCUACGUGAUAAAUGCGCCGCCCGUCUUCACGGUCGCCUGGUCCAUGGUGCGGCCGCUGCUGCGGGGCACCACGCAGAGCAAGAUCCAGAUAUUCGGUCACACCGGCUGGCAGGAGCGGCUGCGCGACCUGAUCGCCCCCGACCAGCUGCCCAAACACUGGGGCGGGGCGCUGGUGGGCGCAGACGGAAACCCCUACUUCUCGCCAAAGAUCUGUAUCGGCGGCGAGGUGCCAUCCAGUUACUUCCAGGACCCUCACGAGGUGGAGAAGCUCGUGCUGCACGGCCGGCGACUGCAGGUGCGCCGAGCCGGCAAAUAUGAGCACCGCAUCGACGUCAACCGGCCAGCCACCCAGAUCACAUGGCGUUUCUGCACCAAGGGGUACGACAUCAUGUUCGGCGUGUUCAAGGAGCACAACUCGGGCCGCCACGAGGUGGUGGUUAAGGAGCGCGUCUACAGCCACCUGGUGGUCGAGGCCGGAAAACACGUCUGCCACGAGCCCGGAGUCUACAUCCUCGAGUUCGACAACAGCUACAGCUACUUCCACAGCAAGGACGUGCACCUGGACGUGGUGGUGGUGUGAGCCGAGUGACCUGGUCAGCAGACUCCGUUCUCCGGCCCUUCGCCGCGCGGCCGAGAGGAGCGCCCGUGCCGUCACUCUGGAAGGAGACACUGGGCUGUGCACUGUGCAGUCGGCUCGCAUCUGUUUACUGGACUAAGGUCCGGGUUCAAUGCACGGUCGGUCAGCGUUCGUACCCUGUCCUAUGGACCGAACGGGACGCUAGGAAAGCUGGCCAUCGGGUCAGCUCAGGCAGUGCGGGGGUGCCGCAUACGGCUCUGCAGGGCGGCGGAAGGACGGGCGCGGGUGCUCGUUACGCCUGUGGGAAUGGCCGGGGUGUACGAAUACCAUAACUUGCCUUUUACGUGGAUAGGCAACCAGUCAGUGGCAAUAGUCAUAACUAGGGUGGCCCGCGGGCUCUGCAACACGAGGAAGGGUUAUUUUCGACCUGUCUGUGUUGAGCUGGUCCUGUGUCGAUUGGAUUAGUAUCAAUUUCGUUGGAUUCCUUUUUGAUGGCCAAACAUUUUGGUACGGAAAAAAGGUUCCAUCGCAUCGAGGUGCCCGUGUCGGGUUAACAUGCGUUCUACGUUCUUCUUUGGAAGGAUUCGAGAACUGAUUGCAAGCUUAUUGAAAGUAAUCGAUGAAUUUCGCUAAAAAUGAACUUAUGGUUUGGAACAUUAAUGUUUCUAAGAACACUGUUGUCCAUCAUGCAAAAUUGUUGAAGAAUAUUGGAUGGCUUUAGUGCUCUUUCCAACGGUUAUAUAUAAUAUGGUGAUGGCGCACUUAGACCCAGAAUCCGCGCGUCGUGGUCGGUCCGUCUAGCCCCCUUGCCACCGUUCCCUUCCCGCGUGGUCCCCGGCCUUCGAAGCGGACACCCCUGGCAAUCCAUCAGUUGAAUGGGUUCCGGCUGUGGGCGCCGCGUCUGCCCAGAGUGCGGGCGGGCUCUGCCGCCGUCCCUCGCGCAGAUCGGAUGACACCGAGGGACAGGGGAGGGGCAGGCCAUGGUCUUCAUCCCGCUCGAGGGAUGCGAACGGCACCGGACAGCCGGCGGGUAGGGGGAACGCUUCGGGGAGUGUGCUGCACGCUGCAUAAUGUAUACCCGUUGUGUGUUAGGGUUUAUCGGCUCAGGAGCUUGCAGUCAGCCGUCACGAUCGGCGGGACCGGCUCGGUUGCAGCCCUCCCUGUCGGCAGAGUGCCCCGUGUCGAUGAUAUCGAUAUCGAUGGUGUCCGACGCCUCUCGGUACAGUAGGUCUACAAAAUAAGUCCCCGCCGUAUGCGGGUAACCAGUGGGCAGUUAGCGGCUGAGCGCUACUUGGGCGCUACCUGUCCGCAUACGGAGAGGACUUAUUUUGUAGACCUACUGUACAUACAGUGUGUCAGGGGCCGGCCAGUGGCCACUGCUUUGACUGGGACCGCGCACCGGUGCCACCGGAGUUAAUGUAACGUCUGUGACGUCUUCCGGUCCAUAGGUGCCUAUAUGUAGGUGUAAUGGGGAGCAGGAUGGCCGUUUCGAUGCAUUCGUGAUGGAUUCACUCUUUGUUAUAUUAUGAUGCACAUGACAUAUAUUUAGUCGUUAACGGCUAUACGUUGUAGAAGUUACGGCAGCACUAGACGAGUGUAUGCUGCCCUAGACAAGUGUUGAGACAUGCUAUUCAUGUGUUAGAUAAAUGAAGCAUGCUGGAUGAUUUCAGCGUGUUACCAAUCCAGUCCUUUUCUGGGUGUCGCUGUGGGGGCCAUAUGCAAUCGGGCCGGGGUGUGCUUAGUACGCAUAAAAAGAACUGUGUAUCGUUAUUGAUAUAUGAUUCAAUAAAUUCAACAGGACCGAA